AGGGAGAGAAUGAUGAGGCAGGGAGCCCAGAGCUGACUCACUUAAGGUUCUAACUUCCAGCAGUGGUUCUGUCUGCAUGCAGAAGGCACUGAGCUGAAGAAUUCACUUCAAGCAGUCAGUCAGCUGCCAGUCGCUGAGGCGAGGCUUCAUAUCCAAAAAAAAUCAUGGAUUUGGAAUCUGGGGAAUUGGGUGAAGGAGAUCUCUCCUCAGCAGGAACGGAAUCCUUUAACUCCAAAAGCUUGGCCCUGCAAGCUCAGAAAAAGAUCCUGAGCAAAAUGGCUACCAAGGCAGUGGCCAAUAUGCUCAUUGACGACACAAGUAGUGAGAUCCUUGAUGAGCUGUACAAAGUAACCAGAGAUUACACCAAUGACAAGAAAGAGGCCCACAAAGUCUUGAAGGAUUUGAUCAAGAUUGCCCUAAAAAUCGGAAUCCUCUACAGAAAUAACCAGUUCAACCAAGACGAAGUGGAGGUGGUGGAUAAGUUCAAGAAGAAAUUAAAUCAGGCAGCCAUGACAGCAGUCAGUUUCUAUGAGGUUGAGUUUACCUUCGAUAGAAAUGUUCUGGCAGAGCUGCUGACUGAAUGCAAGGAUUUGCUGCACAUUCUGAUCGAGCGGCACCUCACUCCCAAAUCCCAUGGACGCAUUGAUCACGUUUUCAGACUCUUUGCAGAUGUGGAAUUUUUGUCUGAGUUGUACAAUCCCGUUGGAGUUUACAAAGAGUAUCUGCAGAAAAUCUGCGAGGGCAUCAACAAACUGCUGGAUGAAGGCAUCAUCUGAGCUUUACUGCCCAAACAAAAAGAAGACAUUUGAAUUCCCACUGUCCACUUGUCUUCAAGGACCCAUGUACCAUCAUUGCAGGGUUUGAUGGUCUAUUCCAAUUGUUUGUAUUUGAGUGCAACAGAGAUCCCUUUUGUCUAUGAUUGUUAUACUGUAAGUGUAUGCAUUUGAAAACAAACCAGAUUGUGAACCAAUUUUGUUGCUGUGGAGGAUGAGUAAAUUAUCUGCUGUGACAAUGCAUGUUAAGGAGCUUUUUGUAAAAAUUUAAAUGACAUUUUCACUGGCACAGGUUGGGAUGUUUAUAAUACUGUUAUCUUCAGAUGUUAAAAGUAUUUUCCAACACCUCAAUUCAAGUAACAAUGAGCUAUUAUGUUCAGAAAAUUAUAACAAUUCAGUAGUUUCAGCUAAACAACCCAUAAAAUGUUGCUCCAACGUUGCUGAAAAUGCAACAAUAGCUGAGGUCAAACAUAUUCAUUGCUUAAGCAGAAUUGAAGCAGCUUACAGAUUAGAAAGCCAUUCAGCCCAGUGCCUGUGCCAGAACUCGAAAAGAAUCCCCGCCCCCCCGAGUGUCAUUCUUGCUGUCCAAUUCCUCUUCUCAUUUAUUUAUGCAAAUACCUUUCAAAAGCUACUAUAGAUUUGUGCUUCCACCACUGUGUGGUAGGAUGUUCUUACAAUCCUCCUAAAUUUAAAAAAUAAUCCAGACCCACUAGUCAGUCCACUGUGACCAUCUCAGAUUCCAAAGUAUAUUCAAUGCUUAGUGGAGAGGGAGAAAAAAAUACAGACUGUUUUCUAAUUCAAAGGCAGAUAGACCAUAAAACAUAGGAACAAAAAUUAGGCUAUUCACCCCGAGUCUGCUCCACCAUUCAAUCAUGCCUGAUAAGUUCCUCAAUCCAGUUCUCCUGCUUUCUCCCUGUAACCCUUGAUCCCCAUGACAAUCAAGAAGAUAUCUAUCUCGUCUUAAAGAUACUCAAUGGCCUGCCCUCCACAACCUUUUGUAGCAGUGAAUUCCAUAGAUUCACUACUCUCUGACUGAAGAAGUUUCUCCUUAUCUCUAUACUGUUGCAAUACUUAAAACCCAGAACAAAAAUAAUACCACCACAUCUUGCAAAUGUCAUAGGAAGAGUCAUCUUUUCACGAAAUAAGGAGCCACACCAUUUCCUGUUAAGUACUUGUUUUCAUUUAAGUCACAACAUAAUCUCCAGCCCCAAUGAAGUACAGCCAUGUUUCCCACAUUAAGAAUGCAGCUGGUAGAUGGUAUGUCAUUGAAAUAACUCCAGAGAGGCCAGUGUCCCGUCACCAAGUCCCCCUUCACUUAUACACAGAGUCCUUCACACUGAUCCAGUUCCCUCACAGCUAGUUCUCAGAGUGAAUAGGAUGUCAGACACUUCUAUAAUUAGCUGGCAGCCAGAGGUCCCAAAUUGAAUCAGGUUAACAGUCACCAUCAGGGAACUCAUUUUCUCUGAGGACCACCUGGCUGACUGCAACCCCCACCGCAACUUCCAGAGUUCAAAGACGUGGGCCAGUUCAUUUUUGUAGCUCCUGUUGGGGCGUUUAAGCACUUGGUCAGAUUUCUCCAACUCUGCUUUUCAUAUGGGUGGUGUGUAACACACACAGAGACUCGCCUCUUGGAUCCAAUGCCUGGAGCAUCUCAGAAAAAUUCACUCUCCUCUUCAGGCAGCAAAGGCAUUGAGGUGGUGGCAUCUAUCAUGUCAAUAUCAGAUUCCGAGGUAGCUUCAACGCUUGCGGGAGAGCCCACAGGAACAGCUGGAAAAGCUAUUGAGGAGACAGGCAUGUUUUGCUCCCGCACCAUUUAUGAAUUUGCAGCUUUUUUAUGACCCACAGGCUUGUUUAGGACCAUCAUACCCACAUGAACUUUAUACAUCACUGGACCUGACCUCAUGUUGACCAUGGGCCAUUCCUGUGGCUCCUACACCAAACUUCAUCCCCUGAAGUAAACUCUCUCUCUCUCUCUCACUUAGCAGAGUCUAGUGUCUAACAUUAGUGUUCCUCAUAUCAUUUCACCCUCCCCCCCCCACAACCUCCGGGUCCAGGAAGAUCAGAGUUAAUCUGGUGCGGGUCUUCUCCCCAUUAGCAAUUCUGCUGGAGCUAUCCCUGUAAUUGCAUGAGGUGUGGUCCUAUAAUCAAAUAGGAACCAAGGCAGUUUGGUAUCAAGUGAAGCUGUAGGCUGUUUCAUUAUGCCUGUCUUCAAAGUUUGGACAGCUCUUCUUGCCAGACCAUUGGAUGAUGGAUGGUAUGAAGCUGUCCAUAUAUAGGAAAUACUCAGAUUCUCUGUUGAAAAAUGGCGGCCCGUUAUCCAUGAUCAACAUUUCUGUGGAUCCAUGUAUUGCAAAAGAUGCAGGUAAAUUUCUAUCCUUGCCCCAUGUUUGAGGAAUGAAGUCUAUGCACUUGUAGCCACAUUGAGUGGGCACCCACAAUGACUAAGAACAUUGAGCUCAUGAAAGGACCUACAUAUUCAGACCUUAGAGCAAAUGGCACUGGGCAAGAAUUGUGGAUUUGUUUCCUGGUCAACAUGCAAGGGCCUUUGACCUCUUCGGUAGUUCCUAGACCUUCCUGAAAAACAUCUGGGUAUUUAAUUAGGUCGUCACUCAGACAAGCAUUUUCUAAUGGAAAAAUGCUGAACCAAUCUAGGUGAAUCUCGCUCUACAAAUUUUGCCCCCCUUAAGCUUGGGCCUGAGCCUUUUACUUAAAUCAGUGGUGACUGAACCAGCUGCUUCUCAAAACAGACCAGAACUGAAGUUGCACCCUUAGUCUGUAAAGGUUCCCCGGUGAAGGUGGUCAGUCUAGCUAAGGUCUUUGCAUAAACUUAAAGGUUGGAGUCCAGAGUGAAUUAUCUUAAAGACCGGUUCUGCGAUCACUGAAACAGCUGUUCCUUCUCAACUUCCAUUAGAACUUGUUUAUUUUGAUUGGUUCUGAUAUGGAUAUUGCUAAGCAAUGUAACUGUUCCAAACCAGAUGUAGGUGAACUUUCCAGGGUGUGCACUCUCCUGGACACCGGCCUAUGAGCUCUGUUACUCAAUUUAGGUCUGGUGGGACCGUUCCUGUCUCAAGUCCGCAUACUGACAGCAACUACAAUGGCUUGCCAGCCCAGAUCCUGAAGAAAAUGUUUAUCAUUGGGCUGAGGCUUGGUUUUAUUUUGGUGCUUUCUGAGGGCUGACCUGGAGUCCCUUUGUUCAGGGUAUAUCCCAAGUGAGGCUAUGCAAUUGCCUUCACUCAAGUGGCGUCCCUCAAGCUCAGACAGGUGAUAGUGUCCACUUCCAUUGGAAUACCCUAUAACUCUCAUGCUCCACUUGUUGCGUUUUCCACUGAUAAGCCAGAUGUAGCACCUGUUUGAAGUGCGGUUGGGUGUCAGGUAGUAGGUGCUUUACCAUAGUUACAUCAUUAAACCACAUACCAAAUGGUCUCUCAUUAAGGGUUAAAACAAAGUCGCAUGUCUGCCAAUCAUCUUAACGUAGUCAAAAAUCCCGAUACAGAUUCCCCUGGUUCUUGAUUUGCUAAGUAAAACUGAGUGUCUCAGAAUUAGAGGCGGCUUGGGAUCAUAAUAUUCCUCAAGUAAAUCCAUCACCUCUUGAAAAGUUUUCAUAUGUCGUGCCUCAGGGAAACUUAGGAUCCUAAUAACUGAAAAAGCUACGGGCCCACAAGCUGUCAGGAGAAUUACUCAUUGUUUUUCAUCUGCCCCAAUAUCAUUUGCCCAGAAAAUAUAAUGCAUUCUUUUCAAAUGCUGGGCCCACUCUUCGACAGCAGGAUCGAACGAGUCAAGCUUCCCAAAAAAUGGCACGAUGCCAGAAAUACUUUCCCCAACUCAAAGACAACUGCUGUGAGUGAGUUUCUUUAGCAGUGCUUUUCUCUUGUCGCCACUAAGAUAACUCCAUAGAGGCCGGUAUCCCACCAAGUUAUUUACACAUCAAGAGUCAUUCACACUGAUCCAGCUCCCCCAGAGUUGGCACUCGGAAUGAACAAGAUAUCUGACACUCCUGUUCUUAUCUGGCAGCCAGGGCUCCCUGAUUGGGGCUGUUAAUUUGGUCCAAUCAGGGAACUCAUUUUAUGAAGUCCACCUGGCCGACCUGGUUACAAUCAGUGCAGUCACAACUGUCAGAUUCUAUAAUAGAAACAAGUAUGGCUCCCUUUUCCUUCAGCAUCUUAGAUGGACAAAAAAAAAUUCUGCUCUCUGAAUACCCCAGCAGCUGAAAAGAUGUAGAUAACUUGUUUUCUAUGAAUUUUGUUUGUUUCUGUGGAAAAUUGAAAGACAGCAAAUCCAGGGACACACUAUUCUAAAUCCAAGAGUAAAAGUCUUAGAGAAAUGCACACAUUAUCACUCUCCAUGAACUAGAUCCAGAGAUUUUGAAUAAAAUACAAAAGCACCUUAAGAUAAAAAUGUGACCGCAGGUCACAAGCAUUCACCUAAACCAACCAAUUGGAGAUGCUGUCACCAACAUAAAGUUGCAGUUUCUGAAGAGGGGCUUUUUGAUCAAGUAAACAGGAGCAGAAUGGUCGCCCUGCUUUAAAUGCUUAUUUUUGACAGAAAGCCUUAAAGAGUCUUGUGAAAUGUCAGUUAAGUUUCUAAAUAAUUUCAAAAUAAAACCAAUGCUAAGAAUUUGGGAAACUGUCACUUUAAAUGACAGUCUUUGGUUUUAUAGAAUCAAACAAUCUGCAAUUUUAUCUAAAUUUUCAAAUAAUUAUAAUGUAAAGUCAGUUUUAAAGGUUAUCUUCUUCAAAUGUUUAGUCUUUUGUUCUCUAUCUGCCCUGUAUUUGGAUUAUUUUUAAAAGCUUUGGAAUAUAUGCAAUGAGCCUGUUUCCUUAGUUACUAAAAUCACGACUGAAAUAAAUACAGUGAAGGACAAGGAGAGGCAUCAAUAUCAGCAGGUUUACUUUGUUCUCAAACAGCCGACCUUUUGCUGGUAAUAUUUAUGAGAAAGUAAUGAAUCUGUAUUAUUGGCAAUUUUCAACUAAUGUAACUAAUAAUUCACUGAACCCAUUAAUAUUUUGUAAACAGGCCUGGGGGCUAUUUAUAGUUCACCUUGUGUCAUUAAUGAACUUCACCAAAUGUGCUGCUCCAUGUCUCUCUGCCACAAUCUGGGCCAUAUGCUGGAAUAAAAAGGCAGGAAAGCUAGGAAUAGGGAAUCAAAAACAGAAAUUGCUGGAGAAACUCAACGAGUCUGGCAACAUGUGCAGAAAGAAAGAGUUAAUAUUUCAAGUCCAAUUACCUUUCUUCAGAACUGACACUUAGCACAGUAAUCAUUAAGUAUUUUGUAUGGCUAACCAAAGCACAGGAGAUUGGGUGGUAUCCACCUCAGCUUAAUCAGAGGUAGGCAUGUUAGUUUCUGUGUUCAUACGCACAUCCAUUACACAACACUGGCAACAUGGACCAAAAGCUGCUGUGGGAUUUUCAGGAGUAGAAUGUAAAGAAUCUACUGACAUUAAGAGACAUUACCAAGGAGGUAAACGGCAUCUGCAGCUGUCAUAAUGAUUUAACCAUACAGUAUUCAAAUCAACCAAAUAGUAGGCAAAUCCCAGUUAAAGCACUUUGCUUUGAUAUCACCAUCAAUCCUCGUUACUUCCUUUUUACAAUUGCAGCACUGUUGUAUGGAACAUUUUCACAAAUUGAUUUAUCAUUGACCUCACACAGAAUUUUGUUCACUGGCAGUUUCAUAUAAACUUGAAAGAAAGGCGAGAAAGAGAAAAAGCAAAGAAACAAGGUGGUGCAGUGUCUUAAACACUGGCUUAUUGCCUUUAGGUUCACAGUUGGAAUCCACUGUGGACUGACGCAAUGAAAGCCGCCUUUGUCUGUUAACUGUGAGGGUCCUGUGUGGAAUAAAUGAGCAUUUUCAAACUAGCUCCCAGUAGGUACAGACCCUCAGCACCGAAUGGCCCUGAUUGACAAUCACUCAGAAACCACAAGGUCUGGAAAAUGAGAGCAAUGUUAUAUUAAUUUAGCGGGCAGCACAGAUUCUCAUGGCCCGACAGCAGGAAGUCUACUCUGCAUUUGCAUGUUGUACACUUAACUAUGUAAUGCCUGAAUGUGUUGACUGAAAUGGGAAAGCAGAUCUCUCAGUGCAAAUUUCAUUAGCAAAUCUCAACUUGCUAAUGAUCUAUGAUAAAUGUAUCACCAACAUAACUGCACUAUGUUCAGUUAGCUCAUAAACUUCAAAUUUCCAGACUGGUAUAUCCCAUUAACUAGAGGCAAUGCAGUGCCUCAUGCCAAAAUUCAAUCAAGUAAAAGCUGUGUUCUUUAUAAAGCAAGCUUUCAGUUAAAAAUCACUUUAUAUUAACAAGGCAUAUCCUUCAUUUUCAAGCAGAGAAUUAGCCCAGCUGUAAAUUGACAAAUGGAAUAUCCUGUAAGAGUUGUUCCUUCCAAAGGUGGUUGGUUAGCUCAGUUGGCUACUCACCAAUGUUCCACGCAUGAUAAUCAGUGCCAGCAUUAAUCUCCAGUUCCUCAAGGCGGUCACUCUCAAACUUCGGAUGUCUGUGUAGCCAGCAUAAAAGUUAGAAGGAAUGUUGCUGGAUGGCAGCUUUGCAAUACAGAGUGAUGUCAACAGCAUGGGUUCAAUUCCUUUCCUGACUGAGGUUACUGUGAAGGUCCUGCCUUCUCAAUUCCACUCCUGACCCGAGGUUAAACCCCAAUCACCUGUCUAUUGAGAAAGCAGCCCUCUGGGACUUAGGCACUUUACAUUUACCAAUCCACUGUAUGUUGGCAUGCACACGUUAGCAGCAAUUUAGUUACUAAUUCCUUCAAAACAAGAACUAUCACUUCUGAUAGUCAUUUGCCAAGGAUUCUUUUCCUCCAUCUGAGGCAAAAUAUUGGAUUUUUAAACAUUAUUUUGUGAUUGAUAUUUUAGAUUUGCUCUUGUCGAGAUGAAGUGUAUGUCAGAUGGUGCAGCAUUCUUCUGCUAGUCUUAAUCAUAAAAUUUCACUUGUCAGGUUAAAAAAAGUCACUGCCUAACAAACCUAACCUCAAAAGAUCCUGUACAGCAAUGUGCCUUUUACACUUCUUCAAACACCCGUCUAUAAUUGCAACCUCAUUUUUGUCUACUGAGUUUCAACCUGCUGCACUAAGAAUUGGCUUGGGAUUUCACCAAACUUGUUGCAAGUUGUUAUGAAAAAUAAAGAAACUAAAACAGAAACCAUGUUAACAGGUCAGGCAGCAUUUAUAGAACAAGAAACAAAAUAUUUCAGGUCAACAGCCUCACAUUGGAGAGAAAACCCUUGGCAAAUGCAAAAUGCUGGAAAUUAUAAAUACGAACAAAGUGCCAGAGAUAUUCAACAUGUCUGGUCACAUCUGUACGGGUCAGUGAUCUUCAAUCAGAAGAGCUUCAACUGUACCCGCCUGAACUCUGUUCAAAAUUGAGGUUCCAUUCUAUGGGGCAGAAUAUUAUGUUCUGCUGGUGGUGAGUUUAGAGGAAGGAAUGGCAUUUAUAUAGGCAGGGUGAUAUAUGCAUGAACCUCUCCAUCUUUUUUACAUUUUCAUAUCAGUCUGUUCAGGGAUGUUAUGACUCACAUCUCAAACAGGCAGGACUUGAACCCAGAUCACCUGGCCCAGAGACAUAGACAUUACCACUGUUCCACAAGAGCCCUCAACCUCAACAUGAUACCCCAUCACCCCUCCCCAUCAGAAUUAAGCUGAGCAGGAAAGCCUAGACUUGACCUGCCUUCCCUGCCAAAUUGAAGUCCAUAAGUGGCCAAUUAAUUACGUCUUAUGGAUGUCACUCCAUUUCCGCUAGAAUUAAUCUGGUUGUAAGCAGCCAAUCAUCAUACAGAAUGCACCACAGAUGAAACUGUCCAGAAUGCUUGCAGUUUGUGGGCCCUCAUUCAAAGACUCAGUCAAGGGUCCCAAUAGAAACCAGUCCCUUCUUGCUCUGACUCCCCUGACAUCACCCACUGUCCCCUCUCUGCCCUGUGUACUCUACUAUCCUGGGAACGUAAGGGAUAGCCUCCUCAUUGGCACUGCUGAGCACAAAGCGCAGACUGGGCAGGAUUCAUAAUCCAGGCUCCUGAUUUCAAAGGAAGAUCUGAAGGGGGCCUUGCCAUUGCCAAUUCGGCUCACCCACAGACAAAAAAGACAGAAGAUGAGAGGUGAUGCCACAAUGACAUUCCAUUGUAUAUUUAUUUGCCAGUAGUCAACUGUGGAUGAUGAUGAUCCAUUUGAAAUGCGAUGUCAAAUGUGCUUUCCACCAGUAUGACACACUUGCCAAAUGCAGUAUUACAUUGCUGGCAAAAAAGUAAAAGCAUUAACCAUUGACAUUUAUAAUCUGAGCAUUUUUGUUUUGGCAGAACAUCAGUGAAGAUUGAAGUUCUACAAUGCAGAAUGCCUCUACAGUUAGGAAGUCUGGGAGAAAAGUUGAUGCUGAUAUGUUUUGGGUUACGUACAGCUUGGUGACCUGUAGGGUGUAGAACUGCUGCAGUCAGAAAGGGGGGAUGGAACAUAGAAAUUUUUUUUUAAAAUUAGAAAUCAGACUGAGAGGAUCCAGGGAAUGAUUAUAACAUUACCUCUUCUUUGGUGCAUUGAUAUCUCAAGUCGUGAUGAAAACUUGUAAUCAUUGUACACAUCAAUGCCCUUGGGUAUAUUAUCUUUUAGUCUUCAAUGACAAAUUAUUCCUAAAUUAUAGCUACAACUGGAAUUAUUCACUGUCCCAGUUAACGGAUUAAAUUCAAAUAAUCCAACAGUGCAAGGUGAAAUUUUAGACUUUUAACCGAUACUUAGGUUACAUUAAUUUGAUUUGGAUUCCUUUGAAAUGGUGAACUAAGUGAGGUGCUUAAAAUGGUAGAGAUUAGAUAGUGUGGAUACAGAGAAGUUAUUUCCUCUAACAAGCGCAGUACAAGGGAAUACAACAACUGUAAAAAACAUAGAGAUAGUAGGAACUGCCGAUGCUGGAGAAUCUUGAGAUAAAACGGUGUGAAGCUGGAUGAACACAGCAGGCCAAGUAGCAGCAGAGGAGCAGGAAAGCUGACAUUUCGGGUCGAAGAAGGGUCUCGACCCGAAACGUCAUCUUUCCUCCUCCUCUGAUGCUGCUUGGCCUGCUGUGUUCAUCCAGCUUCACACCAUUUUAUCUGUAAAAAUAUAGAGUUUGACCAUUGAGGAAUCUCAUUUUGCCAAUCAGAAAACUGGAACUCUUUCUCUUGUAAAAGGCUAUAAAUGCUGGGUCAAAUGAAAUUUAAAACAGAUUGAAUAGGGUGUAUAAAGAUUUGGAACAAAAGGCAUAACUAUACAUUACCCACAAGCUAUCAGAAUGGCAAAGCAGGCUUCUGGAGUUGUGGCCUAUUCCCAUUCGAGACGAGUGUAUUAUAGAUAAUAAACUGAAGCUUCAUACACCUAUUAUAGUGAGUGAUCCCAUCGCACUUUUGAUAAAGAAAUUGUUUCUGUCAGUGUUUCUCUAAAACAUCGUCCAAAAUCAGACUAACUGAUCAUUAGCUCAUUAUUGUUUGUGUAUCCUAGCUGUCCAAGUGUCAGUUGCUGCAUUUGCCUACAUAACAAACAUGACUGCACUUCGAAGCAGUUCUUUGGCUGCUAAGCACUUUAGAACCUCCUGAUGUGAAAGGCACUAUACAAAUACGAGUUUUUUUUCAAAGUAACUAUCUUUCACUGUGAAUCAAUAGCUAGAGUAAGUACAUUUUGUCACCAACCAGAACACAGGCAACUGAUUCAAAAGUUCAAGUUGAAUUUGCCUCACGACUGCUGACUCUUUCUACGCUUUUGAUAUUCAGAUAUGUUCAACAUUAUUGUAUGUACUUGCUAAUUUUUUAUCUUAGCUACAUCCCUUUAGUUUUUGUUCAAUUUUUCUAUUGCACAUAACUGUAUUGUGUUGAUAGGCUACAAUGUGAAUGUAAAAUAGUCUCAAAUGGUCAAUCUGCAACCUAUUUUUGAAACCAUAUUUCCAUCACAUUUGGUAUAUUUCGCUCUAGUAAU